UGCAAAUAUAUUAUCGAAAAUCCAUUUGAAAAAGUAAUACAUUUACCGUUUUGUUUAUAUGAAGAGUGUGAGAAAGAAGGGCGAGGAGAGGAUUAUCCGGAUAUACCGCAUCGUAAAGAUGAGCUAAAAUUGCAUGCAUGCAGUAUGCUGUAGAAGGUUUUUUAUCCUUCAAGGACAAAAAUUGACUUCGGAGGACAAAAAUUGUCCUCCAAGGACAAAAAUCCUUCCCUCCGAGGACAAAAACUGUCCUCCGAUGACAAUAAUCCUCCCCUCCGAGGACAAAAAUUGUCCUCCGAGGACAAAUAUUGUCCUCCGAGCACAAUUUUCCUCUCCUCCACAGAGGAUAAAAUCAAAGUAAAAAUGUACUUACAUGUACUGGUUGAUGCUGCAUGAAUGACAGGUAUCUCCUUGACUGCACAGGUGUAGAUACCGAGUAUGCUUCCUUUAAAAUUGCUCGUUAACCUCUCAGGUAUGUUGCCUUGACGAGAGCUUGACUGGUUAUGAGCUCGGAAGCCGUGUUGAGAGGUGAGAAAAUGCUGUGAAAACAAUGAAAUAUUUAAUAAUGAUAAUAUUAGAAAUCAAUAAACAUCACGAGAGGCGGGAAUGCUAUUCAAAAUAUAGAUUGUUUGAGUGAGCCCUAUGUUGAGAGGUUAGAAAAUGCUGUGAAAACAAUGAAAUAUUUAAUAACUGAUAAUAUUAGAAAUCAAUAAGCAUCACGAGAGGUGAGAAUGCUAUUCAAAAUAUAGAUUGUUUGAGUUAGCCCUAUGUUGAGACAUGGAGGAGAUUUUUUUUUUUUCAGCUUCUAGCACGUGUGGAUGUCACUCAGCAGACACCGUCCCAUGCUGAGUUCUAGAUGAGAUUUUUUUCGUCUUCUAACACAUGUACAAGGAUGCUAUUCGAAAAUAUAGAAUGUUUGAGUGAAUGUGACAGUUUUUUAUGAUAGGAGAGAGAAUACUUACAAAUCUGAAUGAUGUCGAUAACGAUGUGGGAGCACAUGUUGUAGGGGAGAAAUUUGAAUUUUUUUCGCCUUGUAGCAUGCUUUGCUCUCACUCGCACGAGCCUGGAACAGAGAGAGAAACGUAUGGUAUAUAAACAGAAGUGAUGAGAGGAAAAUUGUCAUUUACAUCAGAGCCAGAUUUGAGUAUACUUCGCGAUGAGUUCUCCACCAUCUUCAUACAUCCUACCAGAUAGCCCACCAGCACACCAGCGCAUCCUCAACUACUGGCAGCGGAAAGCCACCUUCGCUGCUGAGUCGUCCGCUGCUGCACCCGUCCCCUCACCACUCAACGUGGAACCACCAUCACCGGGUGGCAAGAUCGUGCUGGGGGACAGCCCUCUUCAAUGCCUGGGUCCAGCUGCUACCUGGGCACCGCGGCGAGCGAUGCUAACCACCCUCUCAAGCAACAUCAGGCAGAAGCAGGGGAAGAGGAAGUUGACAUUUGAGGAGGAGGCUGAAGUUAGCGGGGAUGAGGACGAGUCAAUCUACUCUCAAACAAAGCACAACUCAUCCAUGGUUCCACUAGUAGAGGAGGUGCGGCGAGCGGGGGAUGAAUUGGACUUUGUGCAACUAAUCAACCAGCCUGUAGCCAAACCCUGGAUCCCGCUGAGGGAAUUAAAGGAGCACACUCCCUUCCCCAUUAUUGCAGCGAGGGAGCAAACAAAUAUGCAUGGACGACGGGUUAUUUUAAAAAUUACCAAUGCAGGAAGCAAAUCUGUGAGUGAGGUAUAUUUACCGCAACGAUUUGCUUCCUGCAUUAGCACAGAGAAAAUAGAGCAAUUUAACGCUAAUUGUAAAAAUUUUGUAAUGAUGGUAACACAUAAGUCGGGGAAUGGGACCGAUAUAAAAUUGUUAAGCAUUAACAAUUUUUAUAUCUAUACAAUUCGUCGACUUAUGUGAUACGAAUUGUAUAGAUGUAUGUGUGUGUAAAAGUAGUAUUA